CACACACAGAGAAACAGAUGAUCACAUUUCAGCUGUCUGAAAACAUUUGUAAUAGAUUUCUGUGACCUUAUUAAUUUUUUUUUGUGUGCGUGCUUGAGCUGGUCAAUAUAACAGAGAUGCAAACUCGAAAGGGCACAGCUGGAACAUUUGCAAAGAAACCAUUUAGGAGUUACCUACUGAAUUUUUAGGAGGAAGUAGAGAAGAAGCUUAAAGGUCAUAAUGAAAACCCUCCUGGGAAAACUUGUUGUGAUCUUUGGCGAGAUUAAAAAUCGCAUUACUGAAAUGUAGCCUGCAGCAUUGAACACGUUCAGCCAGCAUUGAACUGUUAACGGGUGAAAUAAGUGUGGCGAGUUCGGUCCUAAUUCUCAUAUGCCCCACAAAGCGGAAUAGCAAUGUGUGUCUUCUUUAUGGGUGCAAAAUGGGAAGGCAUCGUGCUAUUUAAAUGCCUUCUUAUUCAUCAGUAUUCCUCUUCAAUAUUGGGGUUCACCGCGCUGGAACUCCGCUGACGAGGGCUGCACCAUUUCAGGCCAUACUCAAAGCCAUCCUGUACAUACUGCUUGGCUGUCAUCUUAAACAAGGAAAAGGGAGGUCAAAGAGGCUGAACAUUUUGCCCAAGGGCCAGAGGCAGGUGUUGCAGCCCAUCUGGUUCCACAGCCCAUUUUGAGAAUCCUGACAUUGUACUGCCUCCCACAGGUGGAGAGUGCGUUCCACCUUUGUCCUAACUCCACCCAGUAGACCUGUAUCUCAAAACUUGACCUCCCACAAACCGACAUACUUUUCAUCUUGAGACAAUGGUCACUCUGUAGCCCUACUUGGCCUCAAAUUUACGAUCCUCUUGCCUUGGACUCUAAGUUCUAGGAUCAUAACAGGUCCCACCACAGUUUGCUCAGGUGACCCUUUUAUAAAUGCCAUCCCUAGCUCUCAGAUUUCGUUUCCUUUAGGAGGAGUGAAUCGUGAGGGGGGGAAUCGGGAAAUUUUCCUCAUCUGGCAUAAUAGAACCUCUCAGUUUGCAAAUGGAAUUCCCAUUCUGACCACUGCUACCUCAGCCAUUGCAACAUAAACAACCACGAAUGACCAAAUUAAAACCGCCAGGCUAAUCCAGGCCACUGGCUGGGUUUUAUGCAGCUCAACUCGCUAAGAAUGCUUUUCAAAGCUAUCGCUUUAAGUAGCUGGGAAUACCAAACUAUAAACCAUAGUGUGUGACGUAGAGAUCAAGUUGACCAGUAGUGAAUGGUUUGUGAAUGGUGGACCUGGAGUGAUGUGUCAAUAUAUGUCCAUCUCUUGUAAAAAGGGUACCGCUCUGAAGAGUUGGGAGGCUGUAUGUGGAGGUAGGGAGAGGUGAGAGAGAGAGAGAGAGAGAGAGAAAGAGAGAGAGAGAGAGAGAGAGAGAGAGAGUGUAUUUCAAGUUUAGUUCCAUUGGUCAGGUUUCCUGGGCCACACCUGUACCCAUUCAUUUAUAUAUUGCCUUUGGCUGUUUUUACAUUACAAGAGUUGAGCAGCUGAGACCUGAGAGGCAAGCCUGCAGUAUUUACCCUGUGGGGAGAAGUUUCCUGACUGUUCAUUUCAUUGCAUCUGGUGCUGACUAAAGCUCUUGGAUGAGAGCGUUGUUUCCAGCGUUAAACUCCCAGAAUCCUCUUCCUCUCUUACAUUUAGUAGCUGUGAGGCAUCUAACAUGUGCCUGGUCCUGUUAGCCCCUGUUUACCCACCCACUGGGAUUAUCCGCCCUGUAGGGAUCAGUUUAAGGGUAAAUGGGACUAGUAAGGUAAUGACUCACUUUGAGUUUGAAAUCUGCCUUCCUCUCAUGCUUUCCCCUUUAGAACCUGGAUGUGCUCUCGUCUGUGGUUGCCCACUUUUUUUAUGGGAAGGGUGAAUGGAAAAAGAAGUGAAAAGAGGGCGAGGCUGCUCCUGAGGGUGGAUGGUUUUAUUAUAGAAGUAAGGGAGGGUGCAGGCACAGCGGGAGGCGGAGACAUCCAGCAGAGUCUGGAGUUGGGCCCUGUGAGGAGAUGGGGGAGGGAGAGAGGGAAACCAGGAGCAAGGGCCAAGAGGUUCAAAUGGGUAAAAUGCUGGUGUUGCCAAAAUGGCUGGGUCACAUAGGCUAAGCAACUGGCGGAGGAGCAGCCCAGCAUAGUCCCUGGGCUGGAGAAGUUUAGGGUAGGGGGUGGGAGUGCCAUUCAGGAGGACUGCUGGGAAAACCUGGUGGCCGCAGGCACCUCAGCUGUUUGUCCUGAGUUUGAGACCUACCAGGAGGUACAUUUGUCUUCUCAGAAGCCAUCUGCUUACCCCGCCUUACCUCACAGGGCUCGGUCACUGUGUUCCUUGUUUCAGUUUUGCCGUCGAGCCUGUCCAUCUUGAUCAGAGUUAGUUCCAGGGAAGUAAGCAGUUGCUGGUCAGACCUGCAUCCUCCACAGUGCAAAGUGAGAAGCUCCUCCCUCAGCACCGCAAGGCAAGAACCCAUCAACACCAGAGUGCUGUCAACCGUCGAGAAAUUGAGUUUGGAUCUGGAGGGAGCUCAGCUGUGCCUGGAGCCAGCAGCAGCAGCAGCCGAGGUCCACAAGGCAGUGACUGUGAGCUUCCGGGCACUGCGUAGACACCUGGACAUUGAUGUCUGGGGAUUUGACAAGAUGCUUGGGGAAAGGAAGCUGUCCCCCAGGGCCGGUCCCUGAGGGUGUGAUCCGAAUCUACAGCAUGAGGUUCUGCCCCUACUCGCACAGGACACGCCUGGUCCUCAAGGCCAAAAGCAUCAGGCAUGAAAUCAUCAACAUUAACCUGAAAAACAAGCCUGAUUGGUACUAUACAAAACACCCUUUUGGCCAGGUUCCUGUCCUGGAGAACAGCCAAUGUCAGCUGAUCUAUGAAUCCGUCAUUGCGUGUGAGUACCUGGAUGACGUCUUCCCGGGAAGGAAGCUGUUUCCAUAUGACCCAUAUGAACGAGCUCGCCAGAAGAUGUUACUGGAGCUAUUCUGUAAGGUCCCACAGUUAAGCAAGGAGUGUCUGGUAGCGCUGAGAUGCGGGAGAGACUGUACGGAUCUGAAGGUUGCCCUGCGUCAGGAGUUGUGCAAUCUGGAAGAGAUUCUUGAAUAUCAGAACACUACCUUCUUCGGUGGAGACUCUAUAUCCAUGAUUGAUUACCUCGUCUGGCCCUGGUUUGAGCGACUGGAUGUAUAUGGAUUAGCUGACUGUGUGAAUCACACCCCAAUGUUGCGGCUCUGGAUAUCCUCCAUGAAGCAGGACCCCGCAGUGUGCGCUCUGCACAUUGAUAAGAACAUUUUCCUGGGCUUCUUGAAUCUCUAUUUCCAAAACAACCCUUGUGCCUUUGAUUUUGGGCUGUGUGGCCCAAUCGUACGGUAAUCCAGUCAUUGCCCAGGAUUCUCCUCAUAUCUGAUUCUGCAUCACGGGUCAUCUUGGAGUCAGUGUAUUUGUUUUUUUGUUUUUUUGUUUUUUUGAGGUCCCUAAUAAACAUGGACGUGUAAAAUAUA